AAUAAGUUUGUAAGUACAUAAUGUUUCUUCGAUUCUGAUGAUUGAUUUCAGAAAUAACGAUUAACUUUAUCUAAACAAGUGUGUGGAUAUUAUGAGUGUGUUUUGAGAUUUCAAGUGAUCCGAGAUGAGAAUAACAUUAAACAUAUGCGUGACAUUACUUUUAAUAAAAAUGGCGACUCCUUCAAGUAUAUUCGAUGCGAUGACUAAAGACAAAAGAAAUGAAAACGCCAUACUGCUCAGUAGAGUAGUGCAGUACAUAGUGGAUACAAAGGUUCGUUCCAAGAGUAGAAGAGCAUUCGGGAAUAAUGGACCACUGGGAAAGUCAAGACAUUUCAAUGGCCGCGGAGGUCGCGUUGACCCACGAUCGGCUUUGAGGAUGCCUGAAGAAGGAAAGAUACUGAAAGAUGACCAUGCAAACUUGGUUGAAAAAGAAUUAAAAGGUGCUCUGUCUCACAAGAAUUCCGCUCUCUACGACCGGCCGUUUGUCGAGAAACGAGGAAAGAAUGACUAUCUGGUGAUGAGACCUGAAGUAGUGGAUCCUUUUGUCACAGUGGUGCCCAAUCACAUUUAUUAUAAUAUUGAGAAGUCCUGCGUCAACUGGCUCGAUGACUGUAGUCUGAACGGCUUGAGAGAGAGGCUGCUAAGAGGAUCUAUAUCUUAUGGGAAGAAGUAGAUGAAUACAAAAGGAAUGAAAAGAAAUUAUUGUCACUAAUUAUAUAUGGCAGUCUGCCUUGAUAGAGUAAAUUGUAUAUUUUAAAA